AUGGAAACCAUUGUCUCAGAAUGAAUAGAAGACUGCAGUGAAAAGAAUUGCAAGCAGGGUAAUUUCCUAGUUAAAAGAGCGCGCAAGAUUUGUACUUUUUGUCAAAAGCGUCCAGCAUCGAGAGCAACUAGAAUUCGGCCGUCUAAAAUCGUCUCUACUUGAGCAAGAACUGUAAGCAAAGAAAAUGGCGGCUACUUUGUACAGAGGCCUAAACCAGAAUGUCCUCAACAAAUACAUGGAUUUGGAGACCCAUGGAAAAGUGAUGGUUCAGUAUGUAUGGAUUGACGGUAGCGGGCAGCAUCUUCGAUGCAAGACGAAAACACUUGACUUUGAACCGACUGAAGUCGACCAUAUACCAAUUUGGAAUUUCGACGGCUCCUCCACCGGACAAGCGGUUGGGGAGAACAGUGAUGUGUACUUGCACCCUGUAAGACUAUUCAAGGACCCCUUCAGACGUGGCAAAAAUAAGAUAGUACUGUGCGAAACAUACAAGCAUGAUCAUAAACCAUCUGCUUCCAACAGAAGGAAGACUUGUAAACAAGUCAUGGAACAAGCCAAGGACUUUCAUCCAUGGUUUGGUAUCGAGCAAGAAUACACCCUUCUCGACCAAGAUAGACACCCUCUUGGUUGGCCUAAAGGUGGAUACCCGGCUCCACAAGGAGAAUACUACUGUGCAGUCGGGGCUGGCAGAGUCUUUGGAAGGGAGGUCGUCGAAGCACAUUACAGGGCGUGUCUCUAUGCAGGAAUCAAAAUUGCUGGAGAAAAUGCAGAGGUUAUGCCUGCUCAGUGGGAAUUUCAAGUUGGCCCAUGUGAAGGUAUUGAUAUGGGAGACCAUCUAUGGAUGGGAAGAUUUUUGUUGGAGCAUGUAGCAGAGGACUUUGGAAUCUUAGUCUCUUUCGAUCCCAAGCCAAUGCCUGGAGACUGGAAUGGAGCAGGCGCUCAUGCAAAUUACAGCACGAAACCAAUGAGAGAUGAGGGCGGCAUAAAACACAUAUAUGAAGCUAUUGAGAAGCUAGGCAAGCGCCACGAUUACCACAUCGCAAUGUAUGAUCCAAAUCUUGGUGCAGAUAACAAACGAAGGCUGACGGGACUUCACGAGACAUCGGAUAUUUACACAUUCUCAGCAGGGGUUGCUCACAGGGGAGCAAGCAUUAGGAUUCCACGUCAGUGUGCUGAAGAUGGCAAGGGCUAUUUGGAAGACCGUCGACCAUCUUCAAAUUGCGAUCCUUAUUCGGUUACUGAGGCUAUUGUCAGAACCACCAUCUUGAAUGAGACAAUUGAAAGAAAUAACAGCGACAAAAUGGCAGCUAAUGUCUAUAAAGGCCUAAACCAAGAUGUGCUUUCGAAGUACAUGGAUUUGGACACUCAGGGAAGGGUUAUGGUACAGUAUGUGUGGAUUGACGGUACAGGACAACACCUUCGAUGCAAAACCAGAACAGUAGAUUUUGAACCAACUUUACCCCAAGAUGUUCCGGUUUGGAAUUAUGAUGGAUCGUCGACAGGCCAGGCAACUGGCAAGAAUAGCGACACAUAUCUCCACCCAGUUGCAAUGUUCAAAGAUCCAUUCAGAGGUGGAAAGAACAAGAUCGUCCUUUGUGAAACUUACAAAUACGACCACAAACCAUGCGAAUCAAACAGAAGGAAAACUUGCAAUCAAGCCAUGCAGCGAAAGGAAGUGAAGGAGCAGCACCCAUGGUUUGGUAUUGAGCAAGAAUACACACUGUUGGACCAAGACAGGCAUCCCCUGGGAUGGCCAAAGGGUGGAUACCCAGCACCCCAAGGUCCAUAUUAUUGCGCUGUUGGUACAGGAAGAGUGUUUGGAAGGGAAGUUGUGGAAGCACAUUAUAGGGCUUGCCUUUAUGCUGGUGUAAAAAUUGCUGGUGAGAAUGCAGAGGUCAUGCCUGCUCAGUGGGAAUUCCAAGUUGGACCAUGUGAGGGAAUUGACAUGGGUGAUCAUUUAUGGAUUGCUAGAUAUUUACUUGAACGGGUUGCAGAGGAUUUUGGUAUAAUUGUUACUUUUGACCCAAAACCAAUGCCUGGAGACUGGAAUGGUGCUGGAGCACAUACCAACUAUAGCACGGAAGCUAUGAGAGAAGAGGGAGGAAUCAAAUACAUGUAUGAAGCAGUUGAAAGGCUGUCAAAGAGACAUGAAUACCAUAUAAAAAUGUAUGAUCCAAAUUCUGGGGCAGACAACAUGAGACGAUUGACAGGACGCCAUGAAACAUCAGAUAUCCACACCUUUUCAUCAGGUGUUGCACAUAGGGGAGCAAGCAUAAGGAUUCCACGCCAGUGUGCUGAAGAUGGCAAGGGAUACUUAGAAGACCGUAGACCAUCUUCCAACUGUGACCCUUAUGCUGUAACUGAAGCAAUUGUGAGGACAACCAUCCUGGAUGAAACAGAUUGAAGCAAUGAGAACUAUAAUGAAUAAUAUUAUUCUUUAUAUAGGUGUUGAUAAAUAAUGUUGCUUGGUAGGCAUUAUCAUCUUUUUGAAAAUUUCAAGUAAGUUUUAUUUAAUUGUCAGAAAAAUAAAAUUAUACUAAGAUUUGGGGUUAGGGUUAGUCUUGAAAUGAUGGAUUCUACCAUAGUCCAGUAAUGACUUGUUUCAUUAGAGAAUGUGCACUGAGUAUAAAGUAUAAAGGUCUACCAAGUAAGGAUGAUAUCUGUUGUCAGUUUAAGUGUACUGGCUUCCAUAUAAAUUCACCAAGUUAUUCCUCUGAUAAUGACAAGGUAUUUUUCGAUCUUGCAUAUAUCAGUAUUUAAUCAUAAUCAUUACUCCAUUGCUCAGUUGGAGAAGGGAUUGGCAUGUAUAUAAUCCAGUAAUAACAUAACUAUUUUAGUUCUUUUUACAUAAGUAUUUUAUCCUAAGUUUAUGGCAAACACAUAAUAACCUAACAUGGGUAGAUUUCUUCCAUUCAUUCAUAUGAUGUACUUUUUUUAUUUUCUAUAAGUUUGUUCAAGUUAUAACACUCUUGAUAUUUGAGCUGCUUGUAUUUUGUUUAGUCUUAAUAUUUAUGCCUAAUUAAUAUUUUAUGUCACAAGAAACUGGGUGUAUGGAAAAAAUACAUUGUAUUCAUGUCUCUACACCUAAGGUGUUGCAAACAAAACUGUCUUUUGGAGGAAAUUAAGCAUGGCUCAUUAUGUACAUUUUUGAUGGUGCAGUACCUGGAGAAUAAUUUUCUUGGCAGCCAAAGUGCUAGUAUAGGUAUAGUGCUUAUACUGGUAUAAACUAGUUAAGUCGGGUGAUUUUUAAUGUAAAGUGUAUAAGAAUAUUUAUAUCAAAAAUAUUUUUAAGUUAACAUUACAGCUUGUAGAUUUCAAUGUUUUCAUUAAUGAAGUUCUCAUA